GUCGUGAGCUAAGGUUUCGCCAUACUAGGAUUGAUAAACCCGCCACCAGACCGUCAGUUAUUGGUUACAUCUAUUAGUGAAAAUCUCUUGGCUGAAAUAGCGUGACAUACAGACGUGUCUGUUCCGAUGUGCCGACAAUAACAAGUCUGUCGUGCAUGGCUUGUGUUCCGCAUCAGUAACUGGAUUAAACAUCGAGAUUUAAGGCUGUCGCUGAUUUAAAACGGCUGAGGUGGAGUAGGAGAGAACGUCAUCAUCAUCAUCUUCAUCAUCAUGGGGAACCGGGGCAUGGAGGACCUGAUCCCGCUGGUGAACCGGCUGCAGGACGCGUUCAGCUCCAUCGGUCAGAGCUGUAACCUCGACCUGCCGCAGAUCGCAGUGGUGGGCGGACAGAGCGCCGGCAAAAGCUCCGUGCUCGAGAACUUCGUGGGCAAGGAUUUUCUGCCUCGUGGAUCCGGCAUCGUCACCCGCAGACCUCUUGUUCUGCAGCUCAUCAGUUCCAACACAGAAUGGGCCGAGUUUCUGCACUGCAAAGGGAAGAAGUUCACUGAAUUCGACGAGGUCCGUCAGGAGAUUGAGGCAGAGACAGAUCGUGUCACUGGGGCAAAUAAAGGCAUCUCCCCCAUUCCCAUCAACCUGAGGGUUUUCUCCCCACAUGUGCUGAAUUUGACUCUGAUUGACUUGCCUGGCAUCACUAAAGUGCCAGUGGGAGAUCAGCCAGUAGACAUCGAGCAGCAGAUCCGAGACAUGAUCAUGCAGUUCAUCUCGAGAGAGAGCUGCCUCAUACUGGCCGUCACACCUGCUAAUACUGACCUGGCCAACUCUGACGCGCUGAAACUGGCGAAAGAUGUCGACCCUCAGGGCCAGAGAACUAUCGGUGUGAUCACUAAACUGGACCUGAUGGAUGAAGGCACCGAUGCCAGAGAUGUUUUAGAGAACAGGCUCCUCCCACUGCGCCGAGGUUAUAUUGGGGUGGUGAACCGCAGUCAGAAGGACAUCGAUGGGAAGAAGGACAUUAAAGCCGCUCUGGCAGCAGAGAGGAAGUUCUUUCUCUCUCAUCCAUCCUACAGACACAUAGCAGACAACAUGGGCACCCCAUACCUGCAGAAAGUCCUCAAUCAGCAACUGACCAACCACAUCCGGGAUACACUCCCCACCUUCCGCAGUAAACUGCAGUCACAGCUACUGGCGCUGGACAAAGAGGCGGAAGAGUACCGGCACUACCGGCCCGAUGACCCCUCACGCAAGACCAAAGCUCUGCUGCAGAUGGUGCAGCAGUUCUCGGUGGAUUUUGAGAAACGUAUUGAAGGUUCUGGUGAUCAGGUGGACACGGUCGAACUGUCGGGUGGAGCCAAAAUCAACCGCAUUUUCCACGAGCGCUUCCCUUUUGAGCUGGUCAAGAUGGAGUGUGAUGAGAAAGAAAUGCGCCGUGAAAUCAGCUAUGCCAUAAAGAACAUUCAUGGUAUCAGGACGGGUUUGUUCACUCCAGACAUGGCCUUUGAGGCGAUAGUGAAGAAGCAGAUAGUGAAGUUGAAGGAGCCGUGUAUCAAGUGUGUUGAUCUGGUGGUUCAGGAGCUCAUCAACACAGUUCGUCAGUGCUCCAAUAAGCUGGAUUCUUUCCCUCAUCUGCGGGAGGAGACAGAACGCAUUGUUGCUUCUCACAUCCGUGACCGAGAGAGUUGCGCCAAAGAACAGGUGUUGCUGCUUAUCGAUGUCCAGCUCGCGUACAUCAACACAAACCAUGAAGAUUUCAUCGGCUUUGCAAAUGCUCAGCAGCGCAGUAACCAAGCAAACAAGAAGAGUUCUGCUGGAAACCAGGUGAUUCGGAAGGGCUGGUUGACCAUCAAUAACAUCAGUAUCAUGAAGGGUGGAGCGAAGGAGUACUGGUUUGUGCUGACCGCCGAGAGCCUCUCCUGGUUCAAAGAUGAUGAGGAGAAAGAGAAGAAGUACAUGCUGCCCUUGGAUAACCUUAAGGUCAGAGAUGUGGAGAAAAGCUUCAUGUCCAGCAAACACAUGUUUGCUAUCUUCAACACAGAGCAAAGAAACGUCUUUAAGGACAAUCGGUUUUUGGAGCUGGCAUGUGACAGUCUGGAGGAGGUUGACAGCUGGAGAGCAUCGCUCCUGCGUGCAGGGGUGUAUCCCGAAAAGGCUGCGGUGGAGAGUGAUAUUUCUGGUGCAUCAGAGAACUUCUCUAUGGAUCCUCAGCUGGAGAGGAAGGUGGAGACCAUCCGUAACCUGGUGGACUCCUACAUGGCCAUCGUCAGCAAAUGCAUCCGUGACCUUAUGCCCAAAAGCAUUAUGCACCUCAUGAUCAACAAUGUGAAAGACUUCAUCAACGCUGAACUUCUAGCUCAGCUUUAUUCAGCUGGAGAUCAGAAUGCUCUGAUGGAUGAGUCUCAGGAUCAGGUACAACGCAGGGAAGAAGUUCUGCGCACUCAUCAUGCCCUGAAGGAGGCUUUGGCUAUCAUUGGAGAUAUUUCCACUUCCACUGUCACAACUCCACUGCCUCCUCCUGUGGACAGCUCAUGGCUACAUGCCGGCCCGGGGGGCUCUCGCAGGUCUCCUCCACCUAGUCCUACUGCUCCACGCAGGAUGUCUGCAGGCCAGAGACCUGCUGGUAGGGGGGCCCCUCUGCCGCUAUCUCGCCCAGGACCAUUAGGGCCCUUUAAUAACAAUGCUGACAGCCCACAAGUCCCCAGUCGGCCCAACAGGGCGCCUCCUAGCAUUCCCAGCCGUCGGCCACCACCUUCCCCAACCAGACAAGUCCCUCCUUAAGUGGCUAAAGGGUAUUUUCUCUUUCCUCUUGGAACAUGAUAUUUGAGACCAUUCUUGUUUUGAACAAUACACCAACAUCUGUCCUGUACCAAAGCGCUGACUAACUCCUUAUCCCAGAGGUCCCAGCCCAACUCCUGCAUGUCCUAGUACUCACCUAUCCUUGUGAUAUCUCGUUACAUGUAUCCCUGCUCCAGUGUGGUGGCGUCUUUGAUUGCAGUGCUUGUUUUGUGUUGUUUGUCAGUGCCUGUGAUUCCGUCUGGUACAGAUGAACUACCACUCAGACUUUUGAGUCUAUCCAUCCUAUCUAACCUUAACCCUAACCCUAGCAGGCUCUUAUCUUCUGUUCUGCCAUUGUGAAAUCAUUUGUGGCAGUGCUGUGCUGUCCAUUCCUUGAAUCACACUGCACAAUAUUGAAGUUUUUUUAAAUGCAUGUUUGUUUAUUUCUCUAGGGUGUUGAUAUGUGUGUCCACAUGUUUGUGUAACACUAUACCAUAGUGUGUGAGUGAUAUAUCUUAGUAUAAGUGUGUGCGAGUGUGUGUGUGACUAAACUGUGGAUAAAUUGAAAGAUUAACAUGUAAAAUAGUUUAAGGUUAUGUAAUAUGUGUAAGUUUUGUCUGAUAGCAGUUAAUGUUUUGACUGUGAUAUGUUUGUUUGUUGUAAUGUUGUCUAUCAUUACAGAUGCUUAAACAAGAGCUUUAUUUCCCUUAGUUGUUACCAUUCGCCUGUUCACCUGUUUUGUUGUUGCAGUCUCGCUUACAGCAAAUACAGAGAAUUUAGCUGUAGUUACAUUUAGAUGUUAUAAUCUGCAAUUACUUAUGAUUCUUUGACUAUGCCACCUGCCUUGCAAUACUAGUUCAGUUAAUCAAAACAUACAACCAAAAUCCCUGGAAUUACAUGCCUAUAUACAGUCUGUAGUAAGUCAAUUAUAUCUGCAGUGUAUGUUUCAGAAAAUGUCAAUGACAUACAAUUAUUCAAAAUCCGAUACAGGUAUCCUAUAACUUAAUUCUAGUAAUUUGUGUUCCAAAAGUAGUUUUGUACUGUAAGUGCCCCUGAGAUUUGAUGUCUUUAUGGUUCUGUCCAUUAGGUGAUUUUUAAGCGAUUGAAGUGUUCAAUCAUUGAUGAUGCAAAUAUUUUGAUCAGACUUCAUUUGAAAAUAAUAAUUCAUUAUACAGUAUUUCAUAUUUCAUGGGACUAGUUAAAGUAAGACAAGCAUGUGGGGACCCAUGGGAAAAGCUGAUUAUUGAUUAAUUAAGGUAUUUAUUAAAAACAUGUAUAUAUGGAUAUGUUAUCUGUAGGUUUGUGACUCAGAGACUGAACUUUGUACUUGUUCCUAAGGGGUGUAAUGGUGUUGCCACAUAGUAUUUAACUGAAUAUUCCGUUUAAAUUCUACACUACCCCCAACUCGCUCAGGUAAUGGGAUAAAACUACUGUACCUUAAUGUACACUCUCACAAAGUGAUGUAGGCAAGAGAGCAGGGAUAUAUACGGACUGAACAGAGAAGGAAGUUUAUCAUGACCCCAGAGUUUCAACAUCUCCAAGCCAAACAAACAGCAAGCAAAGCUGAAGAAAUAUACACACAAAUGCCACAGUUAAUACACUCCAUGACAUGGUGUUUUUCAACAUAUUCCCAUGUAUGGAUUAUGGAUUAAUCUAUCUAUUUUUCAGACUGUUUAUAUGCACAAAGGAAGUACGUUUGGAACAGAGCUGAUGCAUUGUCAGUGAUCACAGUUACACAUGUUGAAUAGAGCUUUAACAUUUGGGGCUUAAAAAUGAAUGCUGGAAAGCGUGCUUUAGCAGACUCUUACUGGUACUCUUCAGACAUAUGCUCUGAUGUUCUGAGAUAAACACCCAUCAAACAGUCAUUGCAUAUAUUUUAAAUGCUAAAAAAAAACACCUUAUCGAAGCGUUUAAGGAGCAACGAAUCUGUAUUGGAAAGUGUUUACAGUAUGAAGUGGUAAGAAUGUUUCACUCUUUGUAUGUUUCAGUAUGGCUUGAUGUACUGUACCUCCAAAUGUAUGAAAUGAAAUGAAUUAAAGAAAACUAAAGAAUA